GCAAAUUUUGAUACUUAACGAGCUUAGUUUUUCCAGACAAAAAGAGUAAUAACAAUGCAAGUGAUUCCACCAAAAAUAAAAAAGAUAUUAGGCAAAUGGAACAUCAGAGGACUUGUGAUAUUAUCUCUGUUGUUCCAAACGUCUCUUAUCUUCCUUGCACCAAUGCGGAAACGCACAUCAAAGAAGUUGCUCGCUGCGUUUCUAUGGACCGCAUAUCUUUUAGCGGAUUGGACCGCUAAUUAUGCGGUGUCUCAGAUCACUAAAAACCAAGGGAAAGAACCAGAACCUGACGAUCCUCCAAAAAACAAGAAGCUUCUUGCUCUAUGGGCACCAUUCUUGUUGCUGCAUCUUGGUGGUCCGGACACGAUUACCGCGUUGGCUCUUGAGGAUAAUGCGUUAUGGCAACGUCAUUUGUUUGGCCUCGUCUCUCAAGCGCUUGCAGGUGUUUAUGCGGUGGUGCAAUCGCUAGAAAACGCACUAUGGCCACCAAUCACACUUUUAUUCAUCACCGCAACGAUUAAAUACGUGGAGAGGACACGAGCAUUGUACUCAGCGAGCUUGGACAAAUUCAAAGACAGAAUGCUUCAACGAGCAGACGCUGGUCCUAACUACGCUAAGCUAAUGGAAGAAUACGCUUCAAGAAAAAAGUCAAAUCUCCCAACUGAAAUCUUCUUAACCGACGAACCCGACAAGCACGAGAGACCCCCUACACUCGUUAUACCGGACCGAAAAUUAACCGAUCUCGAAAUCGUUCAAUACGGCUACAAAUUCUUCAACACUUUCAAAGGUCUUGUUGUUGAUCUUAUUUUCAGUUUCCGUGAGCGAGACGAAAGCAGAGAUUUCUUCAAUAAGUUGAAACCGGGAGAAGCUCUUCAGAUUAUCGAAACCGAGCUUGGAUUUCUAUACGAAUCGAUGUAUACGAAAACCGCAAUUCUUCAUACGGGAAUCGGUACUCUGUUUCGGUUAAUUUCCUUUGGAUCGCUUCUUUCUUCCUUCUUUGUCUUCCAUCGUAGGCCACUUAAGUCUGAGGAUUUUCAUGGAGCAGAUGUUGUGAUCACUUACAUUUUGUUUAUAGUUGGUAUCGCACUUGAUCUUGCAUCAAUGGUCAUUUUCUUGUUCUCGGAUUGGACAUUCGCGGUAUUGAGAAAGCUUAAGGAUGAUCCAGAGGAAAAGAAUAAUAGUUCUAUCGACUUUUUACUCAAUUGGUUUCUCGCGUUUAGGAAACCGCGUUGGAAGGAGCAUACAUGCAACGAAAACCAUACCCACGAGGUGCUCUCGACGGGGUUUUUGUCACGGAGAUGGUCAGGCACGAUCUACGGAUUUAAUUUCAUCGGAUUUUGUCUGAAAGCCAAAGUUUCAAGAAUCCAUAAGAAGAGAAACUGCAAUGUUUUAGUGUGGGAAUCCGUGGUUUCGCUAUUCGAUCUGGUGAUCAGAAGAAUCAAAAUGUUGUUUGGAUCGAUCAAGAAUGUUAAUAGAUCAAUAAGAAGCGUGCUCCGGCAGUGGUCUAAAAAGAAUCGGAUGAUUCGUUACACGGUUUACCCGAUAUUCCUCGUAUUCUUUGCCGGUAUUCCUGAAGUUUUUAGAGUCCUUUGGAAAUACAUUGAUCGAAUCUUCAGUGUUAAAUCUUAUCUAGACGAGAUUAGGUUCAUUUCUAGAGAGCCGUUGACGAAGAAUCAAUGGGAAUUUAUAUUCAAUGAGCUAAAGGAUAAGUCCGGCUUUGCGGAAACACCUGAAGUUGCAAAGAAAGUGUCUUGGGCGAGAGGAGAAUGGGCUUUACGAGAUUCGAAAUUGGCGGAAGUUGAUACAUUGAUGCGUUAUAUAGAGAAAGUUGAUUAUGAUCAAAGUCUCCUCCUAUGGCAUAUUGCUACUGAGCUCUGUUUUCAAAAAGAAGAUGGUGGGAAGAUGGAGAAUCUGAGCAAAGAAAGUUAUGAUGAACGAGAAUUCAGCAAGAUUAUAUCGGAUUACAUGAUGUAUUUGUUGAUAAUGCGACCGAAACUGAUGUCGGAAGUGGCGGGAAUCGGGACUAUACGGUUCAGAGACACUAAAGCUGAAGCUGAGAGGUUUUUCAAAGGACGGCAAAUCAAGGACUUGAGAGAUAUGAAACGAGCGAGUGAGACGGUUUUAUUGGUUAGUACCGAUAUUGAACCGAUUCUUGUGAAGGGAGAUCGAAGCAAGUCGGUUCUUUUUGAUGCGAGUAUGUUGGCGAAAGAGCUUCAGAAUUUGAAAGAGAGUAGUAAUGAUGGGAAAUGGAAAGUGUUGAGCAAAGUGUGGGUUGAGUUGCUAUGUUACGCAGCAAGUCAUUGUAAAGCGACAGAGCAUGUGGCGCAACUUAGCAGAGGCGGUGAGCUACUUAACUUUGUUUGGUUGUUGAUGGCUCACUUCGGAUUAGGAGAUCAGUUUCAGAUCAAUAAAGGAGAUGCUAGAGCUAAACUCGUUGUACUCGUUACCAUUCUGAUCAUGGCGCAGCAAGAAUAUAAUAUCGACAAGAUUAUCAGCUACCUAUCUGAGUUGCAGACUCAGCUAAGUCAAAUACCUCUAUCCAAGAAAGCUACUGUUAACAACAAUGAACAGCCGAGCGAAAGACGAAGUGAGGAGAAGAGACACACCAAGUCCUGUGAAAGACGAAAUGAGGAGAAGAAGAGACCAUCUUGGUGGGUUCGGUUCAAAGAAAAACUUAAAAAAAUUUGUAAGGUGAAGAACGAGGCUACAAACCAUGCAAGCGACAGUGAAGACAGUCAAGGCGGAAGCAGAAGAAUCAUGCGAUACACUGACGAAGAUGAAGAUGCAGACCUCGAGAUCCGGAAAUUGCAGAGUGACGUUGGUCAGAUGAUAUCUGCCUUUAAGAAUUUGACUCAGUUUCAAAACAAUAUGAGCAAGUUGUUGGAGCAUGAUCUUCGUUCAAGUAUGGUUGGAGAAAUACUACAGAAGACGGAUUCAAUCAAGUCCCGCACUCAGGAUCUCAAAGAAAUCAGAAGAAAGAUCUCCGCCUUGAAGUGCCAGAUCCCAUCAUCGCUCUACAAACAAUCAUUCAGGGUGUUAAGCAUCACGGAAUCUCUAACCGAUGAGGAUAUUGAUGAGAUCAAUGAGACCGGGAGCGACAUAUACUUGCCCGGCCUCCACGUUUCUGAAGAUUUCAAAUUUACCUCAGGUUUUGAAGAAGUUGUUGAGAAAUUUCAAGGCCUUGAUGACUUCACUCAGAAGCUCUGCUUGUUGUCCUUCGCCGUGUUCCCGGAAAACAGAGAGUUAAAAAAUGGGAAGCUUAUCAUGAAGAAAUCAUCGAAGAAAAAGGUCUGCCUAGUAAAAGAUUCCUCGUUGCUACGAGAAGCAAAAACAUCUGCAAUGAAACCGGGAACCUUGCAGACGGUGUUCAAUUCCUCUGAACGGUUCCCUGAUUUCACAUUCAAGUGGUUUCCGUUAAUGGAUUCACUUAGAGUGCUUUAUUUAGGAAGAUGGGAGCGGACGGAUGAGCGCCACAUUGAAGUUAAGAACACAGGGUUUCUUAAAAAUAUAAAAUCACUGAAGAAGCUGUGGCUUGCAAGUUUUAAAGGGAUCUCAGGAAUCGAAAAGAUCGAAAACUCUGUUUGUGCGCUCCAAAACUUGGUGAUCUUGGAUCUUAGAGCAUGCUACGAUCUACAGGUUCUUCCUAACGAUAUAGGCUCACUUGAGAAUCUGAUUUACUUGGAUGUAUCAAAGUGCCUUAUAGAUCGCAUGCCUAAUGGGUUUGAAAGACUCUCAAGAUUAGAGGUUCUUAAGGGAUUUGUGAUUAGUCAGUCAGAUGAUGAAGACAAUUGUGCAUUUAAACACCUGGUGAAGCUGAGGAAGCUAAGCAUAACCAUAAAAAAUAACCGUUUCAAGGCGGAAAAUCUAAUUGAGUCACUGAGAGACCUCAUGCGACUUGAGAGUCUGACAAUCGCAUGGAGAGCGCGAUUCCCUGUGGAUGACCGAAGAGGAGAAGAAACUAAAGAAGCAGAGGAGUAUGGAGAAACAACAAACGAGGAGAAGGAGAACCAAAACAAGAGAUGGAUAAGAAUGCUAGAAAAUCCAGCAAUAGAUGAUAUCUCUAAGCUUCCUUCUAGUUUGAAGAAGUUGAAGCUAGAAGCUUACCCUGGCAAAUACCCUCCAAGUUGGUUAAAUCCCAAAAAUCUUUACAAUCUUGAAAAGCUCUCCAUCGAGGGAGGAAACCUUAGCAGAAUCAGUGACGAACCUCCAACAGAAGAAAACAGUUUCGGCGUUCAGAUCUUGCGUUUGAAGUAUCUUCAUGAAUUCAUGGUUGAGUGGAGAGAUUUGCAAGCUCUGUUUCCAAAUAUGAUACUGUUGGAGAAAUAUCAAUGCCCAAAAGUCACAUUCUGUCCCACAAAUGGUAAUGGUGUCUGGAAGAGGUCGCAGCCACAGAUGGCGCUCUUUACCGUUCUGAUCAUGUCGACGAAAGAAUGUGAUAUCUAUAAGAUUAUCAAAAUCCUAUCUCAGUUAGACGCUGACCUGAAGAAGAUAGCUGACCUGAAGAAGAUACCUCUAUCCAAUAAAGUUAUUAGCCACAAGGAACAACAAGGCGAACAAAGUGAGGAAAAGAGAUCUUGGUGGGUUCGGUUCAGAGCAAGUUUUGAAAGAAUUUGUAAGGCGAAGAAGGACGCUUCCAACAAUGCAAGCGACAGUGGAGGUAGUCAAGGUGGAAGCAGAAGAAGCGUGCAAGACAUUGAAGAAGAUCAAAAGAAUGAAGAACUCGAGAUACGGAAAUUGCAGAAUGAUAUUCGUCAGAUGAUAGCUGCAUUUAAGAGUUUAACUCAGUUUCAAACCGAGAUGAGCAAUCAUUUGGAGCGUGAUCUUCGUUCAAAUAAGUUAAUAGCAAUACUACAAAGAAAGAAUUCAUUUGGAUCCCGCUCUCACGUUGUCAAGGAAAUCAGAAGAAAAGUCUCCGCCUUGAAGUGCCAGAUCCCAUCAUUGCUCAACAAACAACCAUCAAGAAAGAUAAGCAUCACGGAAUCUCAAACCGCUGAGGAAAAUGAUGAGAUCAGUGAGACCGGGAUUGACAUAUACUUGCCGGGCCUCCACGUUGCUGAGGAAUUCAAAAAAUCCUCAGCUUUUGAAGAAGUUGUUGAGAAAUUUCAAGGCCUUGAUGACAUCACUCAAAAGCUCUGCUUGUUGUCCUUCGCCGUGUUCCCGGAAAACAGAGAGGUUACAAGGACAAUGUUGAUGUAUUGGUGGAUCGGAGAAGGUUUCAUCAGUUGUGAUGAUUCUGAAGGUUUCAUCAGUUGUGAUGAUUCUGAAAACAAAGUAAAGAGAAUUCUUGAUGCAUUCUCAGCAAAAAAAUUACUUGAGCCGGUCGAAGAUGAGAGGAAACUACUACCAAAUAGUUACAAGAUGGAGCCUCAUGUGCAUUCUGCAAUUAUAUACUUAGCCAAAGAAAUGGAUCUAUUUGAACUCUACAACCAUAAUGGGAAGCUUAUCAUGAAAAAAUCAUCGAAGAAAAAGGUCUGCCUAGUAAAAGGUUCCUCGUUGCUACCAGACGCAAAAACAUCUGUUAUGGAACCGAAAACAUUGCAGACGGUUUUCAAUUCCUCUGAACGGUAUCCUGAUUUCACAUUCAAGUGGUUUCCGUUAAUGGAUUCACUUAGAGUGCUUUAUUUAGGAAGAUGGGAGCGGAUGGCUGAGCGUCACAUUGAAGUUAAGAGCACAGAGUUUCUUAAAAAUAUAAUUUCUCUGAAGAAUCUGAGGCUUGCAAGUUUUCAAGGGAUCUGGAGGAUAGAUAGGCUCGAAAAUUCAAUUUGCGCACUCCCCGAGUUAGUGAUCUUGGAUCUUAAAGCAUGCUACAAUCUAGAGGUUCUUCCUAGCGAUAUAGGCUUAUUUGAGAAACUGAUUUACUUGGAUGUAUCAGAGUGCUAUAUGCUAGAUAGCAUGCCUAAGGGGAUUGCAAAACUCUCCAGAUUACAAGUUCUCAAGGGAUUUGUGAUUAGUGAGUCGGAUCAUGAAGAUAAUUGUGCAGUUAAACACUUGAAGAAUCUGAGGAAGCUAAGCAUAACCGUAAACAAAUACUCUUUCAAGGUGGAAAGUCUGAUGAAGUCGUUGACAGGACUCCAACAACUUGUGAGUCUGAAAAUUGCGUGGGGAGCUAGUGAAGAACCUAACCAAGCAGUUGAGUCUAGAGAAACAACAAACGAGGAGAAGGAGAACCAAGGAGGUCCUGCAACAGACAAGAAACUCAAAGACCUGAUGGGACGAGAUGAUGACCAAGUGCAGAAGAAGGGACAGACGAGCAAGGAGGAGAAAGGAGAUGUAGAAGAAACGGGCAAGCAAGAAGAUGGCGUCAGUAGCAAGAAAGGAGAUGGAAUAAAUGAAGAAGCUAAUCUGGAAGACGGGAAGAAGCAUGAUGAGGUAAAAGAAGAGAGAUCAUUAAAAUCUGACAAGGUCGUCGAGGAAGAGAAGAAGACAAGUCCUUCCGAAGAGGCAACAGAGAAGAUCCAGAACAAGCCUAGCGAUCAGAAAGGGAAGAGCAAUGUGGAAGGAGAUGGAGAUAAGGGGAAGGCUGACCUAGAAGAAGGAAAGAAGCAAGAUGAAGUAGAAGCAGAGAAAUCUAAAUCAGAUAAAGUUGUUGAGGCAGAGAAGAAGGCCAGUCCUCCCCGAGAUUCAUCAGACAUGAUCCAAAAGAAGCCAGAUGAUAAAACCAAAGUAGAAAACAAAGGAGAUGGAGACAAAGAGAAUGAUGAUUUAGAUGAAGGAAAGAAAAGAGAUGAGGUAGAAGCACAAAAAUCAGAAUCAGACAAAGUUGUUGAGGGAGAUGAGAAGGCAAGUCCACCACAAGAAUCCAAAGACAUGAUCCAGAACAGGACAGAUGAUCAAACCAAAUUGGAAAAGGAAGGCGAGAAGCAUGAUGAGGUUAAAGCAAAAAAACCGGAAUCAGACGAAGUUGUUGAAGGAGAUGAGAAGGCAAGUCCACCACAAGAAUCCAAAGACAUGAUCCAGAACAAGACAAAUGAUCAAACCAAAGUGGAAAAGGAAGGAGAGAAGCAUGAUGAGGUUAAAGCACAAAAAUCAGAAUCAGACAAAGUUGUUGAGGGAGAUGAGAAGGCAAGUCCACCACAAGAAUCCAAAGACAUGAUCCAAAACAGGACAGAUGAUCAAACCAAAGUGGAAAAGGAAGAAAAGAAGCAUGGUGAGGUAGAAGCAGGGAUCUCGAAAUCAGAGAAUGGUGUUGAAGGAGUCAAUAAGGCUAGUCCUUCCCGGGAAUCAACAAACGCGAUCCAGAACAAGCCCGAUGAUCACCAAAGAGGUGACAAACAAGAAGAGAAAGGAGAUGGAGAAAAGGAGAAGGUUAAUCUAGAAGAAGGGAAGAAGCACGACGAGAUAAAAGCAGAGAGCUCAAAACAAGACAAGGUUACAGAGGGAGAUGCGAAGACAAGUCCACCACAAGAAUCUAAGGACACAAUGGAGAGCAAGAAAGAUGAUCACAAAGAAAAUAGCAAAGUGCAGGAAAAGGGAGAUGGAGACAAAGAGAAGGCGGCUGAUCUAGAUGAAGGAAAGAAGAAAAAUGAGGUAAUAGAAGAGAGCUCAAAACCAGACAAUGUUAUCGAGGGAGAUGAGAAGAAAAAUCCACCACAGGAAUCGAACGACACAGUACAGAGCAAGCCAGAUGAUCACAGAGAAAUUAGCAAAGUGCAGGAAAUAGGAGAUGGAGAAAAGAACGGAGAUGAUUUAAAGAAGCUUGAUGGGGGAGAAGCAAAGACUCAGAAGUCACACAAAACCACCAAGUUUGGUAAGAACGUGAGUUUGUCUGAAAAAUCCAAAGCUCCGAAGAAGCCAGAUGAUCCGAAAAGUGACAACACAACGGCGGCAGAGAUUCAUGAAACACCAUCACCAUGUUGGAAAUCAAUAUCAAGGAAAGCAAAACUGUUAAUGGGAAUGGGCAACCAAACCAAGAAAUGGGGAAUAGGAUGGCAAGAAGAUCAAUCAAGAGAUGAUACCUAUAAAUUCCCUGAUAGUUUGAAGAAGUUGGAGCUAGAAUGUUUCCCUGAAACAGAACCUCCGAGUUGGUUAAAUCCCAAAGAUCUUAAAGAGCUUAAAAGACUCUCCAUCAAAGGAGGAAAACUUAGUGGAAUGAGUGACGAAAGUCGAAACACAGAAGACAAAUGGGCCGUUAAGAUCUUGCGUUUGAAGUAUCUGCAUGAAUUCAAGGUUGAGUGGAGAGAUUUGAAAGCUCUGUUUCCAAAAAUGACACUGUUGGAGAAAUAUAAAUGCCCUAAAAUCGCAUUCUGUCCAACAGAUGGUAAUGGAGUCUGGAGGUCACAGCCAGAGACAUCACCAAAUAUGUGAAAAUAAGCUGCAUAGUUUCUCAAUAGCCUCUGUUUACUUGUUUAGAGAUCAUGUAUCUGUCUCUACACCCUGAAUAAUUACACAUUCCUGCGUAUGUAAUUAAAUAUUUAUCGUUCUU